AUGUUUGCACAAGGACAGGUGAACAUGAAAGUGUGCUGCUGUGGGCCCGCCAACCCCACGAGCAAUGGUGAGGACCACUGGGUGGACCGCGAGCCGUCAGAGCAGGGGCACCGGCAGGCGGAGCGGAAGUCCCUCACCCGCCAUCUUCCGUUACGGUGCUGCCACAGCCGCAGACCUGCACUGACAGAAGAGGACCUCCGUAGCCAUGUGACACCAAAUGGCAGGAACAGUUUUGAAGGCGCAGUCGGGAGCGGCUCCGGGCAGAGCGCUAGUUCCUGGUCGGCCACCUCUCCUCCGGCGCCGCCACUGUCUGGUCGGCUGAGGGAGCCCGGCGUGACUGUGCCUGGGUGGCCGCAGACAUGGUCUCUGCAUCUGCUCCCAUCAUCGGCAAGAGGCUCUGUGACCUUUGAAGAUGUGGCUGUAAACUUCACCGUGGAGGAGUGGGCUUUACUCGAUUCGUCCCAAAGGAAGCUGCACAGAGAUGUGAUGGAGGAGACCUUCAGGAACCUGGCUGCUGUCGGGAAAACACAAGAAGACCAGAACAUAGAUGAUGACCACAGAUAUUCUAGAAUAAAUCAAAGAAAUGAAGUUGUAGGAAGACUGUUGGAACACAACAAAGGUAGUGGAUGUGAAGACAUCUUCAGACAGAUUCCAAACGCCAUUGUGAACAGGAAAAUUCCUUUUAAAACGGUGCUUUGUGAAAGCCAGGUGUGUAAAGACAACAUGCUCCUUAGUCGUUCAUCUCUUAGUGUGUCUAUGCCUCUUCAGACUACACACAGACCUCAUGAAUAUGCGCUGAGUGGAGAGGGCCUCUAUAAAUUUGGAGAAUGUGAGAAAGCCUUCACUUACCCAGAAUGCCUUCUGAAGCGUGAAAACACUGACACUGGGCAAAGAUCCUAUGAAUUUAACCAGUGUGAGGAAAUCUUCAAAAACAAUGGUUGCAUUCAAAUACAUGUGAAUAACGAAACUAAAGAAGCAAUAUGUAUGGAUAAGCAGCAUUAUAAUGCCUUUACUUAUCCUGAUUUUCUUCAGUAUGUUGAAAAGAUCCACACUGGAAAGAAACCUUAUGUAUGUAAACAAUGUGGGAAAACUUUUUCUUUUUUGAGUAACAUUCGAAGACAUGAACGAACUCACACCGGGGAGAAGCCGUACAGAUGUGAUAUCUGUGGUAAAGCCUUCACUUGUCUGACUAACUUUCAGGAACAUGAAAGAACUCACACUGGGGAGAAACCCUAUUUAUGUACACGAUGUGGGAAAUCCUUUUCCUUUCUGAGUAACAUUCGGAGACAUGAACGGACUCACACUGGAGAGAAACCGUACAGAUGUAAUAUCUGUGGCAAGGCUUUCAGUUAUUUGACUAACUUUCAAAACCACGAAAGAACUCACACUGGAGAGAAGCCCUAUGUGUGUUCGCAGUGUGGCAAAGCCUUCAGUUACUACUAUUCGUUCCAAACACAUAAGCGAUGUCACACCGGCGAGAAGCCCUAUGUGUGUAAGCAGUGUGGCAAAGCCUUCAGUUAUUACAAUUCCAUCCAGACACAUAAGCGAUGUCACACCGGCGAGAAGCCGUACGUGUGUAAGCAGUGUGACAAAGCCUUUACUACCCUGAGUUCUCUUCGCUAUCACGAGAGGGUUCACAGCGGUGAAAAGCCCCAUGUGUGUUUGCAGUGUGGGAAAGGUUUCAUUUCUUCAAGUACCCUUCGAAUACAUAAAAGGACACACACUGGAGAGAAACCCUAUAAGUGUAAGUACUGUGGUAAAGUCUUCAGCGUCGACAGCUCCCUUCGAUACCAUGAGAGGGUUCACAGUGGGGAGAAGCCCUACGUGUGCAAGCAGUGUGGGAAAGGCUUCACUCGUCACACCUCCCUUCGACGCCAUGACAGGGUUCACAGUGGGGAGAAGCCCUAUGUGUGUAAGCAGUGUGGGAAAGGCUUCAUUUCUUCCAGUAACUUUCGAAAACACGAGUGGACUCAUUCUGGAGAGAAGCUCUGUGUGUGCAAACUGUGUGGGAAAGCCUUCACCGGCCACAGUUCGCUUCAACGCCAUGAAAGAAUCCACAGUGGAGAAAAACCCUUUGUUUGUAAGCACUGCGGGAAAGGUUUCUCUUCUUUGAGUAGUUGUCAGAGACAUGAACAAAUUCACACUGGCGAGAAACCCUAUGCAUGUAAGAACUGUGGGAAAGCCUUCACUAACCCCAGUGCCCUUCAGAAUCAUGAGCAGAUUCACAGUGGGGAAAAGCCGUAUGUGUGUGAGCAGUGUGGGAAGAGUUUCAUUUCCUUUAGUAAGUUUAGAAUACACGAACGGAUUCACACUGGGGAGAAGCCGUAUGAGUGUAAGCAGUGUGGGAAAGCCUUUACUGGGCACAGUUCCCUUCGGCGUCACGAGAGGGUCCACAGCGGAGAGAAGCCUUUUGUGUGUAAACAGUGUGGGAAGCCAUUUUACACUUUAAGUGAUUGUCAAAGACAUGAGCAGAUUCACACCGGUGAGAAACCUUACAUUUGCAAGCAGUGUGGGAAAGCCUUCACCCGGUCCAGCUCCCUUAAAAUACAUGAGAAGACUCACACGGCAAGGAAUUCCUACGUGUAG